GCUUCCCCAACAAAGUCUGACUCAUUCUUUUUCACAACUCCAGUUACUUUCGAACCUCCGAAUAUUCGGCUUCGGCUCAUCCGUCAACGGUGUUCUUAUCGAAGGUGUUCUUUAAUCUUCAGACGGGCUCGUUCUUCAAUCAGUGCCAUGUUCAGAAGCGGACAAUUGGAAAAAAUAUCCUCGAAAUCCAUCGGCUCUUAUUUGUCGACCGUCGAUCCGCUUGAGGGAUUAAACAGUGGUGUUCCAACACGAACUACAGCUACUUUGACACCUACAACUCUCCGGAAUGUUGAACAAGCCUUUAUGGAGAGUCAAGUGGAGCCUCACCAAAACCAAGCACGAUUUGUACCACCUGUGGUUCAACGGCCCGCCACAACAGGUGCUGAGGCCAAAAAUUGUGGCUUUGUAAGUGUAGUCGAUACAAAAAGUUGGCAAGGUGGUAGUACAAGAGUCACCGAGUUUCCGAUGGAUAUUUCAUCAUCAAUGUCUCUAUUGAAAACAUCAAGCCCAUCACAGACUAGGAAAAAUGUCGGUGGGAGACGGCCGAUCAAGGAUAAAUCUAUUUCUCCAGAAGAGGAGGAAAGAAGGGCUGUUCGAAGAGAACGUAACAAGCUGGCCGCCGCUCGUUGCAGAAAACGCAGAUUGGAUCACACAAAUGAAUUAAUGCUGGAAACUGAUGGACUGCAAGAGAAAAAGCAAGGACUUCAAAAUGAAAUACAACAACUCAAAAUGCAGAAGGAAGAGUUGGAAUAUAUUCUAGAAAACCACAGACCUUGUUGUAGGAUCAAAGAGACACGCUCAGAGUCCCCGAUAGAUGUGAAGCCAUUCGUUAAGUAUGAAACGAAUGAAGAAAACGAGAAAAAAGAAACGUUUUCUACUGGGAAAUCAAACGGAAGGAGGCCUACGACACUUCUGGUCGGUCCAACGUCUUUCUCUGGAAUGACUUCUGAUGGUAUACCAAUUUCAACACCUUCGUCUGGAAUUCAUUUUAACUUUGAGUCCCUCAUGGAAGGGGGCACUGGUUUAACUCCAGUUUCUGCACCAUUAAUACCAUCUUGUUCAACUCAACAACGCAAUUCCGGUUGUGCGGAUUUAUCUAGCCCAGACUCGGGGAAAUUAGUAUCACUAUAAAUAUUAUUUUAAUAGUCUCUCCAUUUUUUUUAUUUAUUUUGUAUUUAUCUUUUUUUCCUUUCAUUUGAAUACCUGAUUUUUACAGGCUGCUUAAAUUUGUGAGGAAUACUUUUGUGAUAGCCUUAUAAUUAAAUUAUAUAAUCUUUAGGCAAGGAAGGCCAUUUGUCAUUUAUAGACACCAUAGUGUUUUCGUUUUAAGGAAAAAAUUUUGAAAAAAUUGUCAUUUUACAAAAGAUACUUUAUCUUGUCAAUAUUUUUCAUUGGAAAAUUGGAAUGGACCAAAACCAUUUAGCAUGUUUAACAUGUCUUUUUUUUUUAAAUUUCUUUCUCUUCUGUAUUACUACUAUGUUACUGCCUCAAGAGGUCAAAAUUACUUUAUCCUUUUAAUCCAAAAUUGUUUGGUCCAGUAUUGCUUAGUGACUUUUCCCACUGAUUUUAUCAUAUCAUUUGUAUUUGUUAUCAGUACUUCUAUUUUGUUAGUUUAUUAAAUUGAGGCAAUAGCAUUGUAUUAAAACUCUGUUAACAAGGUUUUCUGAUUGCUUCCAAUGUUUUCAAGAGUAUUUAAUUUUGUUGUCAAAAAAACUUACAGUUUUAAUAAGCCAAUUUAUACUGUCCAACCAAUACGUGUGGUUUACACUGUUGAUGCGUAUGAUUCCUUCUAAGUAUAUUAAACUCAAGAAAAAAUAAAAUACAUCCAUUGAAAAACUAAAAAAAAAAUCCUUGCAAGUUCAUUUAAAAGUUAAACAUUCCCAUUGCAAGUUGAUAAUAUUACCAACGAUUGAUGUAGUAACAAACAUUAGUGUAACUAGCAGAUUGUUACUAAUAAAUAGGAUAGAUACACUUAAGAAUAUAUUUUAAGUAAAGAUGUGUUAGAAAGAAAAAUAGUAUCCUAUUUAUGUUGUAAUUGCUGGCUGUUGUGUGGACAAUGUACACACAAAUUAUUGUGUCUUUUUAUAAAUAGAAUCAUAAAUUGAUUUAUUUUUUUACGUACCGUGGAUUCACUGUAUUUAUACGAUCAUAUCCUUGAUUGUUUUUAUUGCAUUAAAACUGCUGUAUUUCAUUAUUUAAACAUUGUCUGUUGUAAAAAUUUGAAAUAAGCUGUAAAUCCCAUAUUAUAAAAAAAACAAAAAAACAAUUAUUGUAUUAUUUGAUGUAAGAACAAGGAUUCAUUGUUCUUUGUAUUAUGUCUUACUUACAGUACAUGCAUUUAUUUAUCUGUUACAAAUCCUUUUUGUUUGUGUUGUUAUAAAAACGUUCAUUCAAAUUUUGUUCAUACCAACCUUAAAAAUCUUUUAUUGUAUAUGAACUCUUUUGUGUAUAAAAUUGCUUUCAUUUUUCAAGAGAUUUGCAUUGCAUUUAUAUUUGACAUGUUUUGACGUUUGGAUUUUUCUUUCUGUAUUAAUGGAGAGCUUCAUAUUAGGGUUUUUACAAUUAAGAAUUAUUCAUGCAUAGUUUUGAGAACAAUGAAUUUUGUGUUCCUCUGUUUUGUUUUUUUAAUUUUAUUUUUUUUUUAAAGUAUGUAAUGUUCCUUGAUGAAUUGAUGUUUCCUUUAGCAUUUUAACUAUUAUUAUUAUCAUUAUGAUUUUAUGCAGUUGUAACAGUAUAUGGUGCUUAAAUUUCUAUAAAGUCACAUCUGUUAAUAAUAAUUAAUUUGUAUGAGAAAGUGCACUUAUGAAUAAGUAUUCAAUAUUUGUGAGAGAAUAUUUAACGCUGAAAUCUUGUUUAUGCUAUUUUACAAUAAGAAAAUGUAUUUUUUAAAAGGAAAAUAUAUAGAUGUCAACAAAUA